AUGAAGCGGCCGGGCCGGGCCGGGCUGGUCCUGGCCGCGCUCUGGCUCCUGGGGCUGGGCUCGCUGCUGGGGCUCUGGACCGGCUUGCAGCGGCCGCGGCAGCAGGAGCAGGAGCGGGAGCGGCGCUUCCCCGCGGGCACAGCCGGCUGGGGGCUGCCCCAGGAACAGCGGGGCUGGGAGCGCGGCGGCCCUGGAGCUGCGGCUCCCGCCCGCCGCCCGCCGGGGCAGGGCGAGUCCCGCGGCGCCCAGAAAACUUUCCGAGCGCUGCUCACGCUGCCGGCAGCCGGGGACAGGGGCGAGCCCCUGGAGGGGCCGGAGCAGCCCGCCCGGAGCUCGCAGCCGGAGCCCCGGCACAGCCACAACUUGCAGCCUGGUUCCAGGGAGCCGCUGGCCCGGGAGGCGCCCGCGGACCCCGCCUCCCCAGUGCAAGGCGGCAUCUUCUGGAGCCGAGCGCUGGAGCAGCAGGUGCCCCCGGGCUUCGACCCCCAGCAGGCGGCCUCGUGGUUGGAGACAGCCCGGGCGGCUCGCGUCGCCUCCCUGGAGCGGGGCGGGUGCGGCCGCAGCUCCAACCGGCUGGCCCGGCUGUCGGACGGGAGUCGCGCCUGCGUCCGCUACGGCAUCAACCCGGAGCAGAUCCAGGGCGAGGCGCUCUCCUACCGGCUGGCCCAGCUGCUGGGCAUCCAGCAGCGCCUGCCGCCCAUGACCCUGGCCCUGGUGGAAGCCCGCGGCAGGCAGUGGGGGCAGGUGCGGGACGAGCUGCGGGGCUCGCACUGGGCCGAGGGGGCGGUGGUCAGCCUCACCCAGUGGGUGGACAACUUGACCGACGUGGUGGCCCCCGCUCCCUGGAGAUCCGAGGCGGGGUCGGGCAGGAGACUGCAGCCUCUGGCCGCUGGGGAGCUGGGCGGCCUCACCCAGUCCCAGCUGGUGGAGCUGGUGCAGUGGACCGACCUGAUCCUCUUUGACUAUCUGACGGCCAACUUUGACCGGCUGGUCAGCAACCUCUUCAGCCUGCAGUGGGACCCCAGGGUGAUGCACCGGGCCACCAGCAACCUACACAGGGCACCCAACGGGGGCCUCGUCUUCAUAGACAACGAGGCGGGCCUGGUGCACGGCUACAGGCUCCUCUCCAUGUGGGACAAGUACAACGAGCCCUUGCUCCGCUCCGUGUGCAUCUUCCGGGAGGCCACUGCCCAGCGGGUGCGGGACCUGCACCGCCUGCAGAACGCAGCCUCGGAGCUGCUGAGACUCUACCGGACUCACGAACCCCUCUCCGGCCGGCUGGGCUUCCUGUCCGAGCAGCAGGCGCAGCUGCUGCAGGGCAGGAUAGACUUUGUCCACAAGCACAUUUUGCACUGCAAAGCCAUGGCCACUUCACUGUGAUCAGUUUGUCUCUACUGUCCUGUAUUUAUGUAACCCGAGAGUGAAAAGUGGGUUUUCCCCACUAACCGUUUUGCAGUUGUAACAUGUUCUGGGACUCUCUAAAUAGGAGACUAAAAUCAUUCAUUCAGGAACCAGUUUCCUCAUGGGAAGGAGGAAUAAGCUAGUGGGUUUAGUACAGGACUGGGACUUCCUGGUGGUGGUGUAAAGGGCCCAGCUUCCUCAUCUCUGGCUGCUGGAGUCUUUUUAAUGGUCCAUUUAGUUGAGUGCUUAAAGGACCAGUCCUGUGAGACACUGGAGUCCCCUCUGCUUUUUUUUGACCUCACAGGGAGUCGAAUGUACUCAGCUACCUAGGAGAGUCACUGGAGUAGAAUUGGGCCCUCUACAUGGCUUUAGAUGCCUCAAUUUAAUUUGAAUAUUCUUUGCCCCAUGAAUUACUGUUGUUGGCCUCUGGGAAGGGACCCUAAAACAUCUGCUUCUGCUCACUGCAUCUGUGAAGCCUGGGUGAUAAUACUUACCUGCCUGCCUGGCAGGGCUUUUGUGAGGAGUAAUUAGUUAAUGUUUCUAAAGCGUUCUGAAGAUGAAAACUGCUAUCAGUACUAUUAGAUCUCUUUGUAUUAGUUCCACACUGGGUCUCUUUCCAGAGUUUAAAAAAAAACAUGCCUCUUAAGUAUUUCCCUUAACUCACUCAGUACAACUGCCCACUUACAAGACAGUGUACAAAAGCUAUUGUCCUUAACUGGACUGGGAUCAAUUACCUUUCUCCUAAUGGAGGCAGGCAGGUAAACUUAUGUAUUUUGUUAUGAUCAUUUAUUUAAAAAAAAACCUGACAUUCAUAGACUAAGAACUGAUUGCACAGAGCAGGAGCCUUUGACUAGCAAAACUGUCCCAUCCAUGGAGGCUCUUUUCCUACUGGUGUCUCUAUCCAGAAUGGAUCUAUUAACUGUUUGUUAAUCUUGUCAAUGAAAAGUAUAUAGAGAGUCGAUAUUCCAGUGUUCGUCAUCUUUGUUGUUGGAAGCAUCUGGUUAACCUGAUUCAGGUUAUAAGUGUCUGUUAUUUCUAAUCAUUUGGUUUGAAUGCUAAAAUAACUGACUAAUGGGUGAAAAGAAAUCAUCCCAGGGUUUUAAAUACUGUUAUUGUACUAAGACUUUGGACACAUUAGUCAAAUUGGGGGAAAAUCAGUUUCAUGCACUUUACUUUGACUUUUUAUUUUUAUAGGAAGACUUUUAUUUUACAAAGUCUGCCUUUUCUGUACAUUAUAUAUAUUCAUAAGUUCUUCUGUAACAUACAAAAGAAACUGAUAUUUCAGUAAAAGGGUGUUAAUGUUUUACCUCUUUGUUCCAAAUACUUAGUUUGAAUUUAAAAAGAACAUUUAUUCUUCAGGUUUUUUCCAAAGAGAAAUAGAGCCUGAUUCACUAGUACUACUCCUGAUGUAUACUAGGUUAAGAAAGAGAAGAAUCAGGCCUUCCAACUUUCCUUUUUCUUCCUUUCCUAAAACCAAUUUACUUAUUUUAGUGCAAGUUGGUAUGUGAACAUUCUUAUUUUGGAAUAACAGUUCCUGGUACUGGCCUUAGUGAAAUGUGUUUACCCCCCCUCUUCCUCUGAAAUAACUAAAUCAGUUUCUUGACAUUAACUUGCUUAAGUCAGCACAAGUAUGAUGUAGACAACCUCAUCAUAUGUUCAGAUAGUGUGCCAACCUGUUACUGCAAGCUCAAGCACUGCUAUAACAAAAGCAUCCCUUGUGGUGUCAGUCCGUUAUCAAUAGGUGGUACUUUAUACUAGCUUUCUAUCCUUUGUGUUUUGACUUUAUUCAUCCUGUAUUCACAGUUAGGGACUAACUCCAAUCACAGCACCAGAAAGCUUGUCCAACAAACCAUAUAAUUUAGCAGAUUUCCAUUGCACUGUCAUAAAUUUGUUGGGAUUGGGUGUACAAACUAAAAGAAAAAUUAUACAACUGUCAGUUGGGUUUUUUUGUUUGUUUGUUUUUACCAAAAAACAACUUGUAACAGCAUUACUGACACAAUAAUAGACAGUCAAGACACAAAAUAAAGGUCAAAGUUGGGGUAGGAAAUAAGACAAAUUAAACCUUCUCUUUAAACCCCCGAUACAAACUAUGAUGCGAUCAAACAGGAAUACAAUCUCAUCCACAUCUGGACAGGCAUCUCUUUGUUGAUUCAAUGCUGCAGUGUGUUGAUUGGAAGCCAGAUAAGUAGGUGCUUUCACUGUUAUUUGGAGCAUUAAAUUUCCCAUGAAUUCUGUGAGUACUGCAUACGUGCACAUUUAUACUGGGAGACAGUCUUUCAUAUCUGUUAAUAAUUUAUGCAGGCUAACCCUCACAGCUGAACAGUUUUCUUUGACAGUUUAUUCUUUUAAUUUUUGUAAGGCAAGAAAACAGUUUUACAAACAUACGAAUAAACUUGGUAACAGUUACAAUGUGUAGUGCUCUUUACCAAGUAUAUUUUUUAAAUCUUGCAGCUGCCCCAACAUCAGCUUCCACUUAACUGCUUUAACUGACAAGGCUCUUUAUUUAACUUGUAUUUAUAGCUCUCAGCAUUUAUCUCUCAAUACAAUGCACAAAAUCCCAUGGUGUCCCUUUUCUAUUUACAUGACAAUGUACAAUUUAACUGUGUAAUUCUUAAUUCUUCUUUAGCGCUUUUUGUCAGCAUUACUUUGUAGCUCUCUCAGAUGCAAGGUUUCAGUUGUGUUCACCUAAUGAAAAUACAUCUAAAUAAUAAACCAGUGUCAUAAAUUUUAAACCACAGUGAAGAGCGAACUGCUGUGCCACAAACAUCUAAGGUUUCAUUUCUGUUUAGUAAGUAUUUCUGUAAGUAUCAGCACAACUGCAGUUUUGACUGUUAAUGGGCAAUAUAUCUUCUUUGCAACGUCUUUAGAACCAGACCCUAGAUAAUUACACUUUUCAAGAAGAAACAUGAUUUUCUAUUUGAUGAUUGGUAAUAUAUAGGUUGCAUGUUAGAAGAUGGGGAUAGUUAUAGGCUAAUGAUGCUAGAGAUAAAUCUGCAAGCAACUGGAAGAAAUGAGCUUAUUCAAUGAGGAUAUAGAAAACCAGCUUGAUUGGAUUAUGACACUUUACUGUGUGCUUUAUGUGCUUCAGGAAAAUACUAAGAGCCUCAAUGCAUUUGAUUUGGCUGAUCUGUCUCUGCUAGAAAAAGCUUUGAAUUAGCAUCAAUUUAAGGAAGAUUAAGGCUAUGUUUAACUCUUCUGUUCAGUUUCUUUAAGGCAGAAUAGUCACUUGUAAAUGCUUGGUCUGCUACAUUCUUUGCAUUCUUUCUCAACUUUAUAUGUUAGCUGAUGUCUGACUGUCUCAAACCAGAACAAAGAGGUGAACAACUUUUAAAUUUUUUUUGUGCCCAAUUCUCUUCUAAUUUACACCAAUUUAGCUCCUUUUUCCCCCAUGGAGUUACUCCUUAUUUUCACCAGUAAGAGCGGUGACUCAGGCCCUUCCUGGUUUUGGUUGGUGUACAAUGACCAGAAGACUUAACAACCAGGGAGUUCGAAAUAAUUUCUAUGUGCAGCUAAAUAAUUAUAUGCCACUGGGGUUUCUGAUUCUGAUCAUACACUGCUGUAGCUUAGAAACAAUUUAACUGGAUGUCAAAGGAAUCACACUCGUGUAAAUGAGUUUAGAAUGAGGCCUGGGGAUUUUAGGCCUUAGUUCAGCAAAACACUUAAGCAUGUACUUAACGUUAAGCAUUUAGCAGUCCCAUUGAAGUCAAUGUAACCACCUGCAUGCUUAUGGGCUUAUUUGGUUUGCUGCACUGGGUCCUUAAUUAAUUGUCAAUUGUUACAUAUAACUGGUAGGAAAAGAUAGUCUGAAAAUGGCUGUAGAUUUCAGAAUGUGAAACACACCCCCUUUAAUCCGUUAUCUCAGAACUCUCCUGUCUGAUUAUCUUCAGAAUUCCUUCCCCCAAAGUCUCCUCUAACUGGAGUCUAAGAGCAUGAGUCUCCUGUCAUAUAGUUUACUCCAUGAACAUAAAUGGAGUUACUCUCAAUUUACACCAGUGUGAGUGGAGAAUCUGGUCCUAGAUUCUUUUCAGGCAGAGGUGGGGUUACUCGUGGACUUUAGAGUGAGGAUAUUACAGCCAGACUUGUAAGGGAAAGUGAGUCAUUGCUUAGCCCUCGCAGUGCAGUGAGCAUCAGAAUCUCAUUGAAUUUAAUAGGCUGCCCACCGAGUGAACAGAGCCAGACUGAGAUUAGGUGGACAAAUGUGCCUGCCACCUCUAGAGUAUAUCCCUGGCACAGGAGCUGGUAGAAAUGGGCACAGCUCCUUUGUUCAAGGUCAGGUCAUCCCAUUUGAAGAUCAUGCCAGUAACUUAGGCCUAGUGCUAAACAUAGAGUUAUGUUUUGAUUCAGUAGGUUACAUCACACCCUUAAUACCACUAGCAUAGUUUUGUGGUUUAUUUUCCUUUGAGGGUUUUUUAUUAUAAUAGUAUUUAGAAUUUGCUCACUGCCAUGCUGGGUGGUCACUAGCUUGGAUGUGAGAUCAUAUUAAGACUUAAUCCAAUUGUGUAUGUUAUUCCUGCUUUGCGACCACAGCAUAAAAUUUAACUGCUCCUUUAGAGCCAUGCACUCUGGAUUGAAUGCUGCGAAGCUCUGGCAAUAAUAGCAUAGACUUUAUAAUAAGCAGCUCCUGCUGAGGUCUGAAUGACACUUCGGAUUGGUAAUGAACUAUAAAACCUUUUUCCUUUGAGGUCACUAGUUUUAAUGCAGUUCAGGGCUGUAACAACUAAGGUUUUGUCUAUGCUGGGGAUUUGUCCUGGUUACAGCCAUCAACAGUCAGCCACUGAUGUAGCUGCACUGGUGGAAAUCCCUAUUGUAGACAGGCAAAGCAAUUUGUACUGGUGCAGGUCACCCUGGUUUCAGUAUGGGGUAAAUUGUACCAAUUGAAAGCACAGGGUUUUGCCUCAGUGCAGCUAUCCCAGUGGUUGAAAUCCCAGUGUAGACAAAGCCUCAAAAGCUGUGACCUUGUGAACGGCCUUGUUGAAAGGAAUUAGUGGCCUCGGUUUGGUUCCCAGCAGAAAUGUGUCCCCAUCACAAAAACAACUGCUGCCAGUUGGAAACUGUGUGGCACUCUCAGCAGAGAGGGCAAGGAGUGAAUGGAUGAUUGAACCUGAUCUCUCCCUCCCAGGCUGUAAAGGGUUACAAAUAUUUGGUCAUUUCAUUCUGGAGCAUUUCACAACCCAGAAAUCCCAUUUUUCAGGAAACUUUCAAAUGGGGCAAAACCGGAAUUCAACCUUUUGCACAUUUUGCUAUGAAAAUUGAUUUGUAUUUUUCACUUGGCCAAUAGAUCUACAUUGGAGGGAAAAUAGACUCAUUUUCAUUUUUUGUCAUUGUUGAGCAAAACACUUGGGCCACUGUGAAUACGUGAAGUGAAAUGCAGACAACCAGGCACAUCUCUACCCCCUUUCUCUCCUGAAGUUGGCCUCUCCAUGUCAGAAUUGAGACAGGUUGGCAGAGCACAGUGUGAAAGCUUGCACUGCUGCUGCCCAUGCUGCAGAUAAAUAGAGAACUUCCGUCGAGAGCUGCUAGUGUUUAACUGCUGUUAAAUUACCACACACAAAAUAGGUCAUUGUCAUCAGAAGCUAUUAGAACUCUACAAAUUUCAGUUCUCUUUACCACUUAACUGUCUAGGAAUAGGCUAAAUCCCUUUUAUAUUUUGGCAAAAAGGAUGCUCUGCUGCUGGUCUCCACUAGGUGCAAGAUAGAGGAUUUUUGUUUAGAAGAUGUGUCUUACUGCUUAGUACUCUGCCUGUGUGAGCAGGGAACAUUGCUGAGAGCAUGGGUCUGGGACUCGGGAGAUCCAGAAUGCUAAACCCCAGCUUUGUUUCAGACUUCCUAUGUGACCUAUUCUAGUUAGGUUUUUAUACUGUGCCUGUCAGUGUAGUAUCUGACCCUGUGCAUGUCACUUAACCUCUCUCAGCCACAGCUUUCCCAUCUGUAAAAUGAGGAUUGUCAUACUAAGAUGUUGUGAGAAUUAAUUCACUAACAUUUCCAAAGCACUUAGAGACCCUCAAAUAGAAGGUGCUAUAGAAAGACAAAGCAUUAUUAUCAAUUGAAUAAUGUAUUUUCACUUUAGAUUUUUAGAAGCUUUCCCCAAAGUGACAAACCUCUCCAUCCAGAUCCAAUGAAAUAAUCUCAUUGUCACAACAGAGAGUAUUCUGAUCAAGCUGUGCUCCAGAAUGGAGUCUGCUCUUCUGCAAUAUGCAGCACUUCAGUGGGGCAGGACAAACAAGAAGGGUGUGUAUGCUCCAGCACUUAAAAGGAGCAGGAAUAGAUGUGGGAUUGCAUUGCAGCUGCAGCAAAAGGACCCAGCCCCUGUGCUGCUAUGUGGACCCAGGACAUCCUGAUGUUCAAUUGAUAGUGACUUUUGAGUUCCAGCAGCACAGAAGACCAUAACUGGGAUCAACCAAAAGGCUAACAUUUUAUUUUAUUAACUAGAGGUUUUAUUAGCUAGAGGUUAGAUUUGAAAUGAUUCAUUUUAUUGCUUGUUUUUUUAAUCCCUUUGUCCCCCACCCCCCUCCUCUAAUUCAAAAGUGGCUGAGUGAUUUUAUCUCAAAAUGUGCUCCAUUUUAAACAAAACAAAAAGCCACCCUCCCAAAAAAGCCUAUUGAUUCCACCGCUGAGAUCUUGCAAAAUCCCCUGAAAGUGAGGACAGACAGGCACUUAGCUAAAGUGGUAUUAACACACUAAUAGCAUUAAUGUAGCACAUAAUAGAGAAAGGAGUGAAUACAUUUUACACUGGUAUCUCAAAUGUAGCACAAAAGAAGUGUGGUUUAUUUCUGCAUAUCUGUAAAUUUCAGUUG